CUGGAUGGUUUGUCGCAGUGUUAUUUAUAUAAACAAAACUCUGACCCGGGUUUUAUUUAUGUGCGACUCACCGGUAUUAGAUACAAUCCACGUGAGGCCAGGCAUUUGCAUGGGCUUUACUUUGUAAAAGUUGGAUCAAUCAUAAAAUCUCAACAAAGAGAAGAUGGGGGAUUCCGACGAGGAGAAUGAGAAGGAUUUGGCAUCUGGCCUUAAUAUCACUGGCUUCCUUUUUGGCAAUAUUGAUGAUAAUGGUCAGUUGGAGGAUGAUAUUUUGGAUCCCGAUGCCAAACAACAUUUAGCUUCGCUCAGUCGUCUCGGUCUGAGUUCAUUCAUCAAUGAGAUGAUGUCCAAUGACAAUAAUGCCGAGGAAAGAGAGACUGGCAAAGUGGAUGAGAAGGAUCAAAACACAACUACAAACGACAUGGAUGUUGAUUACUUGGCGAAAUCACCUACCGCGUUAGAUUUCUCGGAUAUAAAUGAGUUGGCAGAAGAUACGAUUGAUGAAAUCUCCAAGAGUAAUGGAUUCGAUAGGAAACUAGACAAGGAAAAUGCAGAUUAUGAUGCUGAUGAUGAGGAGAUUGUCAAUAAAUCAGAUACACAAUUGAUGCCACCACCGCCGAUACCAGAGGAGAAGGAGACAUUGACUGCAGAAGAAGCAGAAGCAGCGCGUCAACGUAAAUUAGAGACACCUCUCGCUUCCAUGUUACCAUCCAAGUAUGCCAAUAUUGAUGUCACUGAAUUGUUUCCGGAUUUCCGCGCCAAUAAAGUGCUUAGAUUUUCGCGACUGUUCGGACCUGGCAAGCCAAGCAGUCUGCCACAAAUAUGGAGGGGUGUAAGAAAGCGACGUAAAAAGAAAAAACAUCAUGAUGUCAGAGAUUCUGAUUCUGGUUCUGAUCAGGAUGAUAAAAAAACUAAAUUUAAGGGUUGGAUCAUGCAAUAUGGUCCCGAGCCGAGUGCGGAAGCAUGUCGCUCGGAUGAUGAAAAUAAGCUGCUGCGACCAGUAGAAGAUAAGGAACAAACUGGUAAAACGGGUGAAAGCGGAGAGAACGGUGACAUGGGACCCAAAGUGGCUGACUGGAGAUUUGGACCCGCGCAGUUGUGGUAUGACAUGUUAGAAGUACCAGAAACUGGAGACGGAUUCAACUAUGGUUUCAAGAUGGUUGAAAAAGCGGAAGAGCAAGAAAAUAAACCAGAAACCAGAAAAGAUGAAGAUUUUGCUGAUGAUGCAUUCUUGAUGGUAUCGCAAUUGCACUGGGAAGAUGAUGUUGUCUGGAAUGGAGACGAUAUAAAGCAUAAGGUAAUGCAGAAAUUGAAUAGUAAAAAUAACGCUGCAGGAUGGGUGCCAUCAAGCGGCAACAGAACAGCACAAGCCUUUAGUCAGCCUGGAAAAGGUGCCUCUGUCUCCGUAACACCUAAUGUUAGACUAGCCACUUCGCAAAUUACAACGCCAUUGCACAUGCAGUCUCAAAAGAAUAAGAUGAAUAUGGGCAAGGGAAAUCAACAGCCACAGCGAGAGGAAGACGACACCUGGUAUUCGAUAUUUCCAGUAGAAAACGAGGAGCUUGUAUAUGGUUUAUGGGAGGAGGAAGUCAUUUGGGAUCCCGAACAAAUGAAAAAGAUACCGAAACCGAAAAUACUUACGUUGGAUCCAAAUGACGAAAAUAUAGUUCUAGGUAUACCGGAUGAUAUUGAUCCCGCUCUUCUUCACAAGGACAACGGUCCGCAACCUAAAGUAAAAAUCCCGCAUCCGCACGUCAAGAAAAGCAAGCUACUGUUGGGUAAAGCAGGUGUUAUCAAUGUCCUCGAAGAAGACACGCCUCCACCACCACCAAAGUCACCUGACCGGGAUCCGUUUAACAUAUCAAAUGAUACAUAUUACAUGCCUAAGUCCUCGGAAACUACGUUGAGGCUGAAAGUCGGCGGUGGCAAUUUGAUACAACAUAGCACUCCAGUGGUGGAGCUACGUGUUCCUUUUGUACAAACGCAUAUGGGUCCAAUGAGAUUGAGAAACUUUCACAGGCCACCAUUGCGAAGGUUCAGCUAUGGGCCAUUGGCUCUUCCAGCACCGCAUGGUGUCUUGCCUUUGCUGAAGCAUAUAAAAAAGAAAGCUAAGCAACGAGAGCAAGAAAGGAUUGCUUCCGGUGGAGGUGAUGUAUUCUUCAUGAGAACACCCGAGGAUUUAACUGGACGCGAUGGUGAGUUGGUGCUUGUUGAAUUCUCAGAAGAGCAUCCACCACUUAUGAACCAGGUCGGCAUGUGCUCCAAGGUGAAAAACUAUUAUAAAAGAAGGGCUGGUAAAGAUCAGGGACCUCAGACAUACAAAUACGGAGAGACAGCGUACGCUCACACUAGUCCUUUUCUUGGAAUUCUUACGCCUGGCCAAAGCAUCCAAGCCAUCGAAAACAAUAUGUAUAGAGCUCCUCUUUACGAGCAUAAGAUUCCUGAAACUGAUUUCUUAGUCAUAAGAUCGAGACAACAAUACUAUGUUAGAGAAAUGGAUGCCUUAUUUGUUGCUGGACAAGAAUGCCCGCUUUAUGAAGUCCCUGGACCAAAUUCAAAGAGAGCAAACAAUUUUGUACGAGAUUUUCUACAGGUGUUUAUAUAUAGAUUAUUCUGGAAGUCACGCGAUACUCCUCGACGAAUUAAGAUGGAUGACAUAAAGAAGGCCUUCCCAUCUCACAGUGAGAGUAGUAUUAGAAAAAGAUUAAAGCUAUGUGCCGACUUUAAAAGAACUGGCAUGGAUUCCAACUGGUGGGUAAUAAAGCCAGACUUCAGGUUGCCAACGGAGGAGGAGAUUCGCGCUAUGGUGUCGCCAGAGCAGUGCUGUGCUUAUUUCAGCAUGAUCGCGGCCGAACAGCGUCUGAAGGACGCUGGAUACGGAGAGAAGUUUUUGUUCACUCCACAAGACGAUGACGACGAAGACAUGCAGCUAAAGAUGGAUGACGAGGUGAAGGUGGCGCCGUGGAAUACGACGCGCGCUUACAUCCAAGCCAUGAAAGGAAAGUGUCUACUGCAGUUGGCAGGUCCAGCCGAUCCAACUGGCUGUGGUGAAGGCUUCAGUUAUGUUAGAGUACCGAAUAAACCGACUAUUAGCAAGGAGGAACAAGAAGCUCAACCAAAAAGAACUGUAACUGGCACAGACGCGGACUUAAGGAGAUUGUCCUUGAACAAUGCGAAAGCAUUGCUGCGAAAAUUUGGUGUACCUGAGGAGGAGAUCAAAAAGUUGUCGCGUUGGGAAGUAAUCGACGUGGUUCGAACUCUAUCAACAGAGAAGGCAAAGGCUGGCGAGGAGGGCAUGACAAAGUUUUCACGCGGCAAUCGUUUCUCUAUCGCCGAACAUCAGGAACGUUACAAAGAGGAAUGCCAACGAAUUUUUGACUUACAGAAUCGCGUGCUGUCAUCGAACGAAGUAUUGAGCACGGACGAAGGCGAGAGUUCGGAAGAAGACAGCUCAGAUAUCGAAGAAAUGGGUAAGAAUAUCGAAAAUAUGUUGUCAAACAAAAAGACCAGCACACAGCUUUCACUGGAACGGGAGGAACAACAGCGGCAUGAGCUACGGAAGAUGCUCAUGGGCGAGGCGCAGGAGCAGGAAAGCAAGAAAGGCAAGGAGAGCAAAAAGAAGGACGAGGAGGAAGACAGCCCGGUUAAUAAUUUCAAUGCGCAGCAGGGACGUGUAUUAAAAAUCUAUCGCACCUUCCGUAAUCCUGAGGGCAAGGAAUACACACGAGUUGAGUUAGUGAGGAAGCCCGCCGUAAUUGAUACGUACAUUAAGAUCCGCAACUCAAAGGACGAGACGUUUAUCAAGCAGUUUGCCACAUUGGAUGAGGCACAGAAGGAAGAAAUGAAGCGAGAGAAACGUAGAAUUCAAGAACAAUUACGACGAAUCAAACGAAACCAAGAGAGAGAGCGUAUGUUGGGUGGAUCAUCUAUAGUGAACGGCAGCAGCAUUAAUAAUUCGAGCAGUAUAUUCGAUCGCAAUAAUAUUAACACUCCAACUACCACUUCCUCAACUAGUAUCCUUCCAUUCUGUUUCCAAUCUUCUACUUCUUCUAUCCCCGCGCCCAAACAUCCUAAACAGGAGAUAUCGCCUCCUAAACGUAAAAAACCUAAACUCAAACCAGAUCUAAAACUUAAGUGCGGUGCUUGUGGCAACGUCGGUCACAUGCGCACAAACAAAGCCUGUCCUCUCUACCAGAACAGCAUCGCCACUGCACCAGUCAAUGUCGCGAUGACCGAAGAACAGGAGGAGGAAAUCGAGAAGCAGCUAAAUACUGAUGAUCAGGAUCUGGUCAAUGUCGAUGGCACCAAGGUGAAAUUGUCCUCAAAACUCAUCAAGCAUGCCGAGGAAGUGAAGAGGCGUACAUUAUUGCUUAAAGUGCCGAAGGAAGCGGUAAAUUCAAAGAAACGUAGGAAACCACCCACAGAUGACCACUGUGAUUAUUUGAAACGUCAUCAAAGACCGGUUAACAGACGUAGAACUGAUCCAGUUGUAGUGAUGUCUACAAUGUUGGAGAGCAUUUUGAAUGAAAUGAGAGAUCUGCCAGAUGUGCAACCAUUCCUAUUCCCAGUCAAUGCUAAAGUAGUUCCUGAUUAUCACAAGAUCAUACAGCGGCCCAUGGAUCUGCAGACUAUACGUGAAAAUUUGAGGCUAAAGAAAUAUCAAAGUAGGGAGGAGUUUCUGGCGGAUGUUAAUCAGAUUGUGGAGAACUCGACGCUCUAUAACGGAGCAAAGAGUUCAUUGACUGUAGCUGCCAAGAGAAUGUUGGAUACGUGUGUCGAGAGACUUGGUGAAAAGGAGGAUCGUUUGAUGAGACUGGAGAAGGCCAUCAAUCCUCUUCUGGACGACAAUGAUCAAGUUGCUCUCACUUUUAUCCUGGAUAACGUUGUCAACAAUAAAUUGAAAUCUAUGACAGAAGUAUGGCCGUUUAUGAAACCUGUCAAUAAAAAGAUGGUGAAGGAUUAUUACAAUAUUGUCAAGAAACCGAUGGACCUAGAAACAGUAUCUAAAAAAGUUUCUGCACACAAAUAUCAUAGCCGUCACGAAUUUCUUAGAGAUAUCGAACAGAUCUUGGAGAAUUGCUCGAUUUAUAAUGGUAAAGAGUCUCCGCUUACAAGUAAAGCGGAGUUGCUGGUUAAAGUGUGUAAAGAUACAUUAGAUGAGUAUGAUGAACAUCUGACGCAACUAGAGAACAAUAUAUUGCUCGUGCAAAAACGAGCGAUGGAGCAGGCAGACAUAGAUUCCUCCUGGCUUUGCCCGGAUGAAGAAAACUACACUAUCACGGAACCUGAAUAUAGAGGUAGCCAGAACAGUUCUCCAGAGAAUCCAUUUAGCAAAUCAAAUAUGGAUGACUUUGAUUUUGUCGAUGUAGAAGGAGACAUGGAAACGGACAUGGAUAGGAAUUCGAAAAAGAAGGAUGUGCUCGAAGAAGAUCUUCAAUUCUCCAGCGAAGAUGAAUUUGAUGAGGUGCCAUUCGGCACGGACGAUCAUUCCGAGCAAAACGAAGCGGAGACAUUGGAGUUAAGCGAGGUCAGGGAAGGUGUCGUACUAGCGGAUGAUGACAGUCAACAAGCCGCAGAAGCAAUGGUUCAGUUGGGGAAUGUCGGUUUUUAUAUGGGCGAGCAACAGCUGCUUCAACAAGAUGAGAGCAUGGAUGUUGAUCCAAAUUACGAUCCGUCGGACUUCUUGUUAGCCGGUUUACCAGCCAGAGAUGAUAAAGGAGAGAAUAAGAUCCAGGAUGAUCUGGCUGUUUCCGAAAGUGAUGAUGAUGCCGAGAACGUCACAUCCAAGCAGGAAGCACAGCAGAAUCAGCAGCAACAACUGCCACAACCGGACGAGGAUGUCGGCGGUGAUUUGUGGUUCUAAAUGCGAAAGCUUUGUUGCUUUUGUUAAAGAAACGCGCGAGAAUGUAUAUUUAGUCUAUUUAACAAUGGGUUACGAAUAUAGUUAGAUUCCCAAAUUUUUAAAUCCAUCUUGUAAGAUUGAAGAAUUUAGAGUUUAUUCUUCGUAUUAUGUGCAUAUAUGUAUAGGAACUUGUAAAUAUAGAAUAAAGUGUUGUUUUUUUUCUAUCUAUA